UCUCGUCGCCUCCCGUACCUGUCACCGCAUCUGCCACGGCGGGCGACGCUCCACGAUGAGCGUGGACGACCUGACGGCGGCGGCAGCGACGGGACGCACGGCAGAUGUGGAGCGGCUCCUGCGGGCGGGGGCUGAAGUCAACGGGGCGAACCGCUUCGGACGCACCGCGCUGCAGGUGAUGAUGAUGGGCAGCUCACCGGUGGCUCGGGUCCUGCUGAGCCACGGGGCGAACCCGAACGUCGCGGACCGAAGCACGGGGACCACCCCGCUGCACGACGCCGCCCGGACCGGCUUUCUGGACACGGUGCGUCUGCUGGUGCAACACGGAGCUGACCCGCGGGCCAGCGACAAGACAGGCUGUCGGCCCGUCGACCUGGCACGACAGAACCACCACAAUGAAGUGCUUGAUUUCCUGAAGUCUCUAGAAAACCCCGUGUGACUUUAUUAUUUCCAGCUGCUUCGAGCGGAGGAGGAAACGGGGCCUGAGGCCCGACUGCAGCCUAAAGACUACACCCGCUCUUCCACAGUAAACUAUUUUCUAUUUAUUUGUCCGUUUUAUGCUUCGUCGUUGCCAUUUUAUUUUUUACUCCGAUUUCUGUAAGGAUUACUGGUAAUUCGCCAUCAGCAAUAAGAACAAUAUUAUUAAAAUAUUAUAAAACGGGUAAGUCGGUAUUUAUAUUUAAGAAUGACAUGAACACAUUUUGUUGCAGCUUUAUUUUUUGUUUAGUAAAUUAUAUUUAACUAAUUAAUCCCAUUUAACCCGCCGUAUAAUGCACAGUUUUGUUAUUGCACUUAAAUUAUUCGAAAUGACAAUUUGCUGCCAUCGAUUGAAAUUUAUUUAUACUAAUCAGUUCACAGAACAUCCAAAAUGUAAAUUAAAUGUUUUGUAAUAUUGUCCAACUGAUGCAAUAUUUUGUAAGUGAUGCCAUCCGUUUGUACAGCUGGUACUCAAUUAUAAUUAUGAUAUAAUAAAUCAUUACUGUGCACUUUAAUAAAAUACCACUAACAUAAA